AUGUUCAAGCAACUUUUCCUCCAACGGUUGCCUCCUUCUGUGCAAGCCAUCCUUACGCCUAACAUUCUUUCAUCGACUGUUCAGAUGAUCGCGGAGACUGCUGACCGUAUAGUCGAGUACUACCAGCCUCCUGUUGCGGUUAACGUCGCUAGUCGGAGCACAACUGCCCCCACAAUCGAGGAUGUCAUCAAACGCCUGGAUGCCCUCACUCUCGAAGUUUCCCAGCUCCGGGCCACUCGUGUCUAUAACCAACGUAGUCCUGCAAUUUCUCGCCGCCCGAGAUCUCCCACUUCAAACCAACCUACAGUUGAUGAUUUAUGUUGGUAUCAUCACAAUUACGGUUCUAACGUCCAUCGCUGCCACUCUCCGUGCAAGUAUAAAACAUCCGCGUCGGAAAACUCCCCUGCCGACCAGUAAGUGCGACGAACGUGGUCGGCACAUCCUCUCCCAGUCGCUUACUCCACAUCUAUGACAGGACUUCCUGUCGUAAUUUUCUCGUGGAUACUGGUGCGGAGAUCAGUCUUAUCCCACCCAACUUGACUGACCGUAAGUCACCAAACUCUUCAUUUUUCCUCCAAGCAGCUAAAAAUACUUCUAUUUAAACUUUUGAUCAACGAUCCCUAACACUUGAUCUGGGUCUAAGACGUUCAUUUCUUUGGCUAUUUACUAUCGCUGAUGUCCAUACUGCCAUUCUCGGCGCUGAUUUUAUAUCCUUUUUUCGGUCUCCUCGUUGGCAUUAAGUCUUAUAAAUUAUUUGAUCCUAAGACUUCUUUACAUUGUAAUUGUUCCACUCGUACCCUUUCAUCACCUAAUCCACGCAUUUAAGCAAUCCCUUCAUCUAUUCCCUAUCAUCGUUUUCUUUCGGAAUUUCCAUCUAUCACACGACCUUCACAAUUUAACCAACCUAUCAAGCAUUCUGUUGUACAUUAUAUUUCAACUACUGGACCACCCGUGUUUAGCCGUCCCCGUUUUUUAGCCGCCGAUAAGUUAGCCAUAGCCGAGACUGAAUUCAGUCACAUGAUGGAGCUAGGCAUAGUUAGGCCUUCCACUAGUCCAUGGGCUGCACCUCUACAUAUGGCGUGCAAAAAGUCUCUCGUUGGCUGGCGCCCAUGCGGGGAUUACCGACGGUUAAACACCUCCACUGUGCCUGACAGGUAUCCACUUCCCCAUCUCCACGACUUUUCAUCUAGCCUAGCCGAAGCAACAAUAUUUUCCAACAUUGACUUAGUCAAAGCUUUCCAUCAGAUACCCGUUGCUCCAGAAGACGUUCCCAAAACGGCGAUUACAACACAGUUUGGUCUGUUCGAGUUUGUCAGGAUGCCUUUUGGGCUACGCAACUCCGCCCAAACUUUUCAACGUUUCAUCAACGAAGCCCUCCGCGAUCUACCUUUCGUUUUUGUCUACGUCGACGAUGUUCUGGUAGCAAGUUCCAGUGAACACGAGCACCUACAACAUUUGCGUCUCAUUUUUGAACGAUUGAGCCAAUUUGGCGUUUUUAUUAAUGUUUCUAAAUGCGUUUUUGGCGCACAGUCGCUGUUUUUCCUAGGACAUCGCGUAGAUGCUUCUGGUUGUCAUCCCAUAGAUGCCAAAGUUCCAGCUAUUCGCGAUUUCCCUACUCCCACUUCUUUUCAACAACUGCGCUGUUUUAUAGGCCUUGUAUAUUUCUAUCGACGUUUCAUCCCUCAUUGUGCUAAAUUAAUGCUACCACUUACUAAUCUUUUACGCGGGAACAACCGUGAGUUUUCUUUUCCUGACACAGCUGUAGAGGCUUUCAAUCGUGCGAGGAAGGCUCUUGCGGAUACAACUGUCCUUGGUCACCCUAUACCUGAUGCCCCACUUUCCAUUGUGGUCGACGCCUCUAAUUUCGCUAUAGGUGCUGCCCUUCGGCAACAGACGCCCACUGGCACCCAGCCCUUGGCUUUCUACUCUGCCAAAUUGACACCCUCACAAACUCGCUAUAGCACUUUCGGUAGAGAACUUUUUGCAAUUUAUUUAGCCAUUAAGCAUUUUCGUUAUUAUAUUGAGGGCCGAGAUUUUUGUAUUUAUACUGAGCACAAGCCUCUUACUUAUGCCCUCUCUACUUCAUCUGACAAGUAUUCACCCCGCGAGGCCCGCCAUCUCGACUUUAUUUCUCAGUAUACCACCGAUAUUCGAUUUUUUAAAGACCUUUAUAAUGAAGUUGCUGAAUGUCUUUCUCGGCCUGGCAUUAAUGCCAUCACCCGCCCUUCCAUCGAUUUGGAGAGCAUGGCAGAACUGUAA